GAGAGGAAGCUGUGUGCCCACCCCCGGAUCGAGAUCUACAAGGAGGACCGCAUCUACUUCGUGUGUCCCCUCGCCCGCCAAGGGGACUUCUAUGUGCCUGAAAUGAAAGAACUGGAGAGGAAGAGCAGGGCUGCCGCAGCUGAAGCCGAGGAUGCCCAGACAGACAUCACAGGGGCCGACACCAUGAGUGAGACGAGCUCCAUCAGCAUGGAGGCCACAACUGACAGCAGAGACACCUCGGUGGCCACCUCCAUCCUGCUGCCCUUCCCAGCCAGCCGUGGCCGGGAGGAGGCUGACAACCGCAGCGAGCACAGCUACAGCGAGUCGGGAGCCAGCGGCUCCUCCUUCGAGGAGCUGGACCUGGAGGUCACCGGGGAUGGGGAGGGAGCCCCAGGCCUGCUGCCCGACGUGGGCUACACGGGGAAUCAGGAGGUCACAGACAAGUGGACCAAGGAGCCCAUUGCUGCUGAGAGAGGAGAAGAGUGAAGCGGAGAUCUGGCUGCCUCACCUCCCACCAGGGUCUGAGUUACUGGGGACGGGUCACCUUUCCCACCUCCUUCCUCUCCAGCCAAGAGAUUUCAGUCGCUGAUUCCCCCCAGGACCCGCUCUCCCUCUUUGCAGAAAGGAUGUUUGACCAUUUUGGGGACACGGGGAGGCAGGGGGGUUUCCUGCAGCGCUUGGCGGCAUGGGGUAGGUGCAGGCUGGGGGAACAGCGAAAUGCAUUUGCUGUUUGUGUGUCUCUAGGUCGUUGCAAAUUCCUUGCAGGCAUAUUGGGGGUGGUGGUGGUGGAUGGCAGAGGUGCCCCCCUCAUCUCUGCCAGUGCCCCUCUCACCCACAGCUUCUCUCUGCCGCACCACCAUGUGUUUUCUAGCACCAAAGAGCCGUGAGUAGGGUCGGUUGGGUUUGUUCCCCUCUUCUCUUCCCCUUGCUGAAAAAUGGAAACAUCCCAUGUAAAUCUGGUCCUCCUGGCACUGCCACAGGCGUGUUUGGGGUCUGUAAUAAAGUGGAUGCUUUUCCUCA